AUGUUAGCGGCCUCUAGCAGUUGGUGGCAGAUGAUCCAUGAGCUUUUGGCUGGGAAAGGGCUUUCCGAUCUUCUACCUGAGCUCCAUGUUCAGUAUGGUCCGGUUGUUCGUGUCGCUCCAAAUGAGCUUCAUUUCGCCGAGCCUGCUGCCUAUCGUGACGUCUACAACUUCAACAACCGUUGGAGCAAGGAUCCCUUUAUCUACCAUUCGUUUGGCGCAGAUAAUGCAUCCUUUGGCUACCUCACUGUACAGGAGGCCAAACCCCGUAAGAUGAUUCUGGCAUCUGCUUUCUCAAGGAAAGGCGUGAUGGGAUAUCUUCCGUGCAUACAGGAGCAAAUCAAUCGCUUUUGCUCUAUACUUGCCGAAAGUGAUCGGAAGGGACAUUCAUCCAACUUGUUGUUCGGGCCUCGAGCCCUGUCUUUAGAUAUUAUUACAACCCUGAUGUUUGGCCAAAGCUUUGGUGCAUUGGAGAGUCCGGACUUCUGUCAUUCUAUCCUGUGCAGCCUGAAUGACUCGUUGCCAGCAUUUUCUAUCUUGAAAUUCUUCCCUUUGGCGCUCAAAGUGCUCGAAUAUUUACCCACGCAUCUUCUGGAGCGAUUCUGGGUGUCCCACGUGGGGUUGCGUCGAUUUCAGAGCGAGCUCAUGGAGCAAGUCAUCAAGGUACGAGAUAAUCCUACACUGCUAGAGAAUUCACGCUACCCGGUCAUUUUUCGCGACUUGCUGGCGGCGAACAUUCCCUUCGAAUCUUUGUACGCCGAGGCCCAGACCUUGCUCACAGGGGGUAUCGAGAAUGUCAGCAACACCACCAUGUUUGCCCUCUGGCACUUAUAUCAGGACAAAGAGCUGCUGCAUCGGGUCCAAAAAGAACUGCAGGAGAUCUGGCCGGACCCUGAGGUAUUCCCAGAGAUUGAAGCAUUGGAGAGUCUGCCACUGUUUACGGCUGUGAUCAAAGAAGCUCUGCGUCUGGCGCCGGGGAUCCCAUAUCCAGCCACCCGUAUCAUCCCUGAUACAGGCGCCGUUAUCCAGGCCCAAUUCAUUCCCCCGGGCACCGUAGUGGGAGUUAGCACGUUGAUGCUCCACAGGUCUACUACUCUAUUCCGCGAACCAAAUACCUUUCAACCACUGCGCUGGCUGGAGCCCACUGCCAAUGAGUUAAAUCAUCAUCUCGUCGCCUUUUCUAAGGGCCCCAGAGCCUGUCUGGGUAUCAAUCUUGCUAUGGUGGAGAUGCAGAGCAUUAUGGCUGCCAUCAUUCGUCGCUUCGAUAUCGAGCUAGUAAACCCACGCAACGAAGAUCUGAUUUGGCGGGAUUGUUACAUUCCAUACUUCGGUCAGGAUCAACCGCGGGCCUUCUUCCGCCCAAGGGCUCAUGGGUGA